GUCCCGGCCGCUCUCCAGAGCGUCUGUAAACACACCCAGAGACUGUCAUGGAGGGGGAGGAGGAGGCGGCGGCGGCGAAGGGAGGUGUUUUGGGCCGCCUCCAGGGUCCGCUCUGCCAUUCCUGAACUGGUCCCUUGUCCCCGUGACUGUGGCAUCAGGGAGGCGAGCUGUUAGGCAAGAGGAGAAGGCAGUCAGAACCAUAUCUCCUUCUUCCCCCGGGGCGGGGGCCGGACCGGGCCAGGCCGGCUGAACCAGGGGAGGACCCGGGGAGGGAGCGCCGGGCCGGCCGACCUGUCGGCCGAGAUGGAUGACAGUAAGGUGGUUGGAGGCAAAGUAAAGAAGCCCGGUAAACGUGGUCGGAAGCCAGCCAAAAUUGACCUGAAGGCAAAGCUUGAGAGGAGCCGGCAGAGUGCAAGAGAAUGCCGGGCCAGAAAAAAGCUGAGAUAUCAGUAUUUGGAAGAGUUGGUAUCCAGUCGAGAAAGAGCCAUAUGUGCUCUCCGAGAGGAACUAGAAAUGCUGCUGCCACAUCUUCCUCCCACAAUGAAUCACCUUACAAGAGCAGUUUGGACUUUAUCCUUGGUUCCUGAGAGAGAAUCUUUGGAAUUUCCUGAGUAUAAGCAGUGGUGCAUGGCAAUGGACCAAGGAAAAAUCCCUUCUGAAAUAAAGGCCCUACUCACUGGAGAAGAGCAGAGCAAAUCUCAGCAGAACUCAAGCAGGCACAUGAAGGCUGGGAAGACAGAAGCUAAUAACAAUUCCUGGUGAAGAUCAUAUGACAUGAUGAAUCAGUGAUUGAAACCAAUAUUCUGAUUCCCAUUGGAGGAUGAAUGGGCAAGAUUGUACUUCGUGGCUCUGUUUACUACCUACUGCUCAGUAGUCAUCUCUGUAAAUCUGCAAAAUUUAUCUACCAAAAUGGGUGAUCAUAGAUCUCAAAGGGUCUUGCUUUAACCUUCAAUACGUAGAAAAUUUACAAACAUUCAGACCUGUUCUCGUUAGUGUUGCCACCAUGGCAUUUAACAUGUUGUGAUGCUUGAAAACACAAGAGUAGAGAAAAAUGGGUUGAAGAUUGUAUUUUUGCACCUUAACUCCACAUUGCUUUAUUGGUUAUUUAUAUUCUUUCCAUGUAAUUCAUGUAAUUGUAUGUAUGUGUGUAUCUGGUUGGUGUCACCUCCUUUCAUGUUUCUGAUUGCCCUAUAAAGAGAAACCAAAUGGGCUGAUUACUGACUGCAAGUUCUCAGCCUUUAUGGACCUAAUCUUAUUUCUUUAUAUUUACUUGAGUAAUGUAUACUUCCUGCAUGAACCAUGAUUUCUCCUGUGAGCCAUUCCAGCAUAAGCUGUGAAUAUGUAUUAACAAAUAUAUACAUUUCUAUUUUUAUAAUCCAUAAUGGUAUGCCUGUAUUAUAUAAUGUACAUGCUAGCAAAAUCCAUUAAGAGAGCUCUCAAGACAGUUUUUUUUUUUUUAAAUCUUUGUUGCUGUCUUCUCAAACUAUAUUCUUAAAAGUUUGCUAGGGCCUAAUCCAUACUUGGAGAAUAGUCAAAUUUUAUUUGUAAGCAAGAAGUAACCUUUCAGGCAUUUUAGCAGCAUACAUCAUCUUGACAACUCAAAAUAUGUAAGUACAGGCAAUCCCCAGGUUACUAAUGUCCAACUUAGGGACAACUCGUACUUAAGAACAGACUGCCGUAAAGCCUAUUAUAUUAGAAAUUUGAGUUAAAUACAUACAAUGAUUCAUAAUAACAAAUGCACACACUACAUUGGGACACUCAUGAAAACAUUGCUAGGCUUGGAAGUGUUUCUUAUGUGUUUUAUAUACAUAGAAAGGUAAAACGUAUCCUAUAUGCUAAGACAAACAUUUGACUAACUUACGCUAGUUAAGAACCUUAUGUACCUGUUCCAACUUACCUACAAAUUCAACUUAAAGACAGAUUUAGGAAUGGAUCUUAUUUGUAACCCGGGGACUGCCUGUAUGUAUGUUUUUAUGUUGUAUGUAUAUGUAUGUAUGUGGGGAAGGCAGGAGUGAAUGUUCACACACGUUUUUUGUGUGUGUAUUCAACUAACUCAGAGAAUUUUUCUGGAUAGGAUGAAACUAGCUGCCGAGAUCGAGUUUCUGCAUCAAGAGAUCUGGAACAAAAUGAGGGACAAAUUGCUGGUAGAUCUAAUGACUGUAGCUGUAACCAGAACACUUAGUUUCUUUGCUGACGUGAGUGUCCAUAUGAAUGUGUUCUGAGCCAGAAGGAAACACACUGUGGGUGUGCAUCUGAUUCAGUCCUUGCCGUGCCUCUACUGUGGAGUUUAGCGAGGGUGCUCGAGUUGGGCACAG